UUCCAAUUCUCUCUCUCUCUAUUCAUUUCUAACAUAUGUUCUGUUCUAGCAUGAGAAUUGCUCUUCAUUGACCACAAUUGUAAUUUGCAGAAUGACAAGUCCGCGUCUUUAUCAUUUCCUCCCCAUAUGUCUUCUUCUGAUUGUUCAGCUGAGCUCAGUAUCAUCUUGGAAGAAGGAGGAGUUCAGGAACUGUAAUCAAACGCCAUUCUGCAAACAGGCUAGAUCGCGAAAACCCGGUUAUUGUUCUCUUGUGGCGACUGAUGUUGUCAUUUCCGAUGGCGAUCUUACAGCCAAGCUCGUCCCCAGGAACACCCAUGUUCCAGAUGAUCAAGAAUCGGCGAACCCAUUACUUCUUUCCUUAUCAGUAUACCGAGAUGGCAUAUUGCGGCUGAAGAUUGAUGAAGAUCCGACUCUCGAUCCUCCUAAAAAGAGGUUCGAGGUCCCCGAUGUGAUUGUUCCAGAGUUAUCUGACAAGAAACUUUGGUUGCAGAGACUAGUGACUGAGGUAAUUGGUAGCGAUUCGGUUCCUUCAUCGAUUAUUUAUCUGUCUGAUGGAUAUGAAGCUGUUAUUAGACAUGACCCAUUUGAGGUAUAUGUUAGAGAGAAGGGGGGUAAGCGUGUAAUGUCAUUGAAUUCACAUGGAUUGUUUGAUUUUGAACAAUUGAGAGUGAAGAAAGAAGGGGAAGACUGGGAAGAGAAAUUUAAGGGUCAUACUGAUUCAAGACCUUUUGGUCCUCAAUCAAUUAGCUUUGACGUUUCAUUUUAUGAUUCUAGUUUUGUUUAUGGUAUUCCAGAACAUGCCACCAGUCUUGCUUUAAAGCCAACUAGAGGACCUAAGGUUGAAGAAUCUGAACCUUAUAGGCUUUAUAACUUGGAUGUAUUUGAGUAUUUACACGAUUCUCCAUUUGGGCUAUACGGAUCUAUACCAUUCAUGAUAUCACAUGGUAAAUCUCGUGGUUCGUCUGGUUUUUUCUGGUUGAAUGCAGCCGAAAUGCAGAUUGAUGUUCUUGGUUCUGGCUGGGAUAUUGGCAAUGCUUCUGAUCCUUCAAUUUCUCUUCCUUCUGAUCAAAACCGAAUCGAUACUCUUUGGAUGUCAGAAGCUGGUAUAGUUGAUACCUUCUUCUUCGUAGGACCUAAGCCAAAGGAUGUCCUCACGCAAUAUACAACUGUAACUGGAUCCCCAGCAUUACCACAGUUAUUUGCCACAGCUUAUCACCAAUGCAGAUGGAAUUAUCGAGAUGAGGAAGAUGUUGCUCAAGUUGAUUCAAAAUUCGACGAUUAUGAUAUCCCUUACGAUGUUCUUUGGCUUGAUAUUGAGCACACUGAUGGGAAAAAAUACUUCACAUGGGAUAGAGUGUUAUUCCCUAACCCAGAAGAGAUGCAAAACAACUUGGCUGCUAAGGGAAGGCGCAUGGUUACUAUAGUGGACCCUCAUAUUAAGAGGGACGAGUCUUUCCCUUUGCACAAGGAAGCUACUGAAAAGGGAUACUAUGUUAAGGAUUCAUCCGGUAAAGACUUUGAUGGAUGGUGUUGGCCUGGUUCAUCGUCUUAUCUGGAUAUGAUAAGCUCGGAGAUUAGGUCAUGGUGGGGAGAUAAGUUCUCUUAUAGCAGUUAUGGUGGCUCAACUCCUUCUUUGUACAUAUGGAAUGAUAUGAAUGAGCCCUCUGUUUUUAAUGGUCCUGAGGUGACGAUGCCUAGAGAUGCUUUACAUGUGGGAGGUGUUGAACAUCGAGAAUUGCAUAAUGCGUAUGGUUACUAUUUUCAUAUGGGCACCGCUGAAGGCUUGGUAAAGAGAGGAGAGAACAAGGACAGGUCUUUUGUUCUCUCAAGAGCAUUCUUUCCCGGAAGUCAAAGGUAUGGAGCAGUUUGGACGGGUGACAACACCGCAGAGUGGGAGCAUCUUAGGGUUUCGGUUCCGAUGGUGUUAACCCUUGGUCUUACAGGAAUUGCGUUUUCUGGUGCGGAUGUUGGUGGGUUUUUUGGAAAUCCAGAGCCUGAGUUAUUACUUCGAUGGUAUCAGCUUGGUGCUUAUUACCCUUUCUUUAGAGCACAUGCCCAUCAUGACACCAAAAGAAGAGAACCCUGGUUGUUUGGAGAACGGAAAACAGAACUUAUAAGAGAAGCCAUACGAACCAGAUACACGCUUCUCCCAUAUUUCUAUACUCUAUUUAGAGAGGCAAACACAAGUGGUUUUCCAGUUAUGCGCCCACUUUGGAUGGAGUUCCCUUCUGAUGAAGUUACUUUCAGCAAUGAUGAGGCUUUCAUGGUUGGAAACAGUCUUUUGGUUCAAGGGAUAUUCACAGAGAAAGCCAAACAUGUAUCAGUGUAUCUACCAGGGGGAGGAGAAUCAUGGUAUGACCUAAACUAUGGAACUAAAUAUGAAGGUGGCAAAACCUAUAAGCUUGAUGCUUCAGAAGACAACAUUCCCGCUUUUCAAAGAGCUGGAACUAUUGUACCUAGAAAAGACCGAUCUCGUCGAAGUUCCACUCAGAUGGUCAAUGAUCCUUACACUUUGGUGAUAGCUCUUAACAGCACUCAAGAGGCUGUUGGUGAGUUGUAUGUAGAUGAUGGCAAGAGCUUUGAAUUCACAAAAGGAGCGUUUAUACACAGGCGCUUUGUUUUCUCCAAUGGAAAGCUUACAUCUUCCAAUAUAGCAUCAUCAUCUUCCUUGGGCAAUCUCCAAUACUCGUCCAAUUGUGUAAUUGAGAGGAUUAUUCUCUUAGGACAUACUUCUGGCGCUAAAGAUGCGGUUAUUGAACCCUCUAAGAGGAAGGUAAGCAUAGAACGUGGCCCACUUUAUCUGGCAAGGAAGAACAGCCCAACCGCCUGGACAAUUUGCAGGCCUAAUGUCCGAAUUUCAGAUGAUUGGACCAUUAGUGUUUUGUAAUGAAGGUAGCUUCAGCUUGUUUUAAAUGGAAGACAUGCUUAUAUCACCUUCGAUAUAAAGAUUAAGCUAUCAAAGUGAACUGACUAGAAUUUUAGUAGUUUUGCAUCUCACUUGAUGAUACAGUUUCACAAGGCAUUUGAAAAACUGUAGUAGCCACACCCUCUUUUGGUUUUCAGUUUGUACUUGUCAUUUGAAACAAGAAAGGAACACUUAUUUGUUGGAUUUUGCAUCUGAUAGUGGGUUUAGAUGCCAUUAUAUUUAGAAGUGGGUGAUUAUCUAAACUAUCUUAUACAGAUUUAGAAAUGUCAUUGUUUUUGUGUUACAUCUGAAUCAUUUAAAGAUGGGCCUUCAGAAUU